ACGUACAACGCGCGCGCUACUAAUUGAACCGCGCAUUUAGAACAUACCAACUUACGUGUGUGGGAUCUGUUUACGAUAUGGCGGCGAGUUCGGAAAUGUUUUGAUUCUUUUCCUUGCUGAAUCUGGAAAUUCUGAGAGAAAUCCUCAUGUCGUCCACAGUCACCUUUUAGAAACCCUCAUCCAUCAAAAGCAAAGCGGGAAAGACCAACAUGGCAAAGUACAUUCUCCAGGCACUCUCUGGCAAGGAGUCUACAAAGCUAAAUGAAGACUUUGAAGGCGACAUCGACGACCAUGACCUUGAGAAGAAGGAGAGUGACCUUGACACUAAGAUGACCACUUUUGAUGAGACCCUCUUUCCGGAGAUGUCGGAGCUACAUCCGAAGAUGAACACCAUAUUCGCCGAUAUACAGUCCAGCAUUCCGUCCCUAGACUUUGAAGUUUCAAGUGUGAGCUCAGAUGAGGAACUCAGUGUCUUCAAUCGUUCUAUGAAGACCCCUCGCUCAGACAGGGAUCCCACUGAAGACACACUGACCCCUGAGGCAUGGCGAAAGGCUCUGGAACCCACCAAUGACCUUGAGGACAUCCCUGUCCAAGCACCUACCUAUGAAUACAUCAAACUUGGCCAGGAAUCCAGCCCUUACCGAAGUGCCACUUCCUUCAAGUCCCCAAUGCCAAAGCUUGUCGAGACCGAGAGCAGCGGGGAAGCCACCAGUCCAAGGAUCUUCAACCGUCGCUUGAUGUCGAUGUCUUCGACCGGCUCUGAUGACGGGGUUGUCCGCUCGCCCCUCCUCGCUCAGGACCUUGUCCCUCGUGAUAUGAUUCCGUCCAUAGAUGACUUUGAUGAUGGAGACGACAGCCUCGGACAUUCUGGCAGCAGCUUCGGCAACUCCGAAGGCAGCCUUGGACAAUCGGGUAGUAGUCUUCAGACUGUUAUUUCAUCCGUUGUUGCAGAAAGCUUCGGACUGGAUCUUGAGGAAGAGCUUAACAAUCACAACUUUGGCCUAGACAUUCAUCCAGGAGAGGGUAUCCUGGAAGUUGCCAGGGAAUCUGUCCCUGUAGAAUCCAUACUGGAAGAGCUCACCAAAGGUUCUCCAAAGGAUUUAGAUAAUCGAGAGGCGGCCAAGGAGCAGAUCAAGGCAACCCAGAAUGAAGACGAUGCCAUCAUUGAUAUGAUGCUCCCUGCAGAGGUACCCACUCUGGCCAUUGAGAAAGUGGAUUUCAUUGACCUUGACCUCUUGAUUGAUGCCUUUCCUGAGAGGUCAAAUGUCAUGGAGGGGUCAGGAAGUCAACCAAGUGGGAAAGGAGAUGGAAAAAACACUGCAGAUAAUACAUGCUUAAUGGAUAAGCUAGCCCAGCUGUGUAUCGAUCAGUCCGGGGGGAAGAUCAGCAAAAGAGACCUCACUCCCUCCCCCUCGCAGCAGGGGAGGAAGAAGAAGGCUAAGGGUCUAGCUGCUAAACCGCCAAAGCCACCUCCUAAAGUGGUCUGGGAAGAGAAGACUAGUCCUAAAAGAGUCAACAGCUCAACCAGUACCUCCCCUCCCAAACCAAAUGCAAGCCCCCUAACCAGGACAGCCUCUACAGGAACCUCCACAGGCAUGGAUCAUUCCAUUCUAGAUGUAGGGGAGAACUGGAAUAGAGCUGGUGCGGGAAAGGUUGUGAGUCUACAGCGAAGCAAGGAAACAGUCUUCCUGGAUCUGAGACCGAAAGAAAAUGAUGAAGAUGAGGCAUCUAGUAGCAAUGCACCAUCCAAUGCUAUUCAGAGAAUAUUGCAGCUACAUUCUAAACAAACUGAGGGUAGUUCCAGCGAUGAUAGCAGUGAUGAUGAAGACUCCGCUCUCGGAUGGCACGAGAAGAGGAGAAAGGUCAUGCAGAAGCUAGGUCAGGUCGGAAGCCACUCACCCUUGACCCCCACAGGAGGUCAGACAGGAGAGAAGGAGAGGGCUGCUGCUCGUGAUAAAGAACCCAUGAGGAAGAUAGUAGCCAAGCCCCAUAGAGUCAUACACAUGGUGCAUGAUGAGGAAAAUAGAUCAACAGAGAGCGGAACACAGACGUUACCAAUAGUGAAGCCAAUACCAGUACCCACCGAGACCUACAACCUCCAACUCCAACUCCCACCCACCCCGCCCCAGUCACCCUCCAGCCAGGGUAGUCGCACCCCACACCGCAGGUCCAGCAUCCCUGAGGACCAAGGGACACACCAGGACCAGGACCAGAAGGUCAGGGACCGGGAACACAAUGUGGCCCUGGCGAGGAAGCUCCGGGAGCAGAAGGAGAAGCAGAGGCAGGGGCACCUCAAGUUUCAGAAGAAGCUGGAGACGUUGCAUCCGCAAAUGACGAUGUCAGCCAAGAGGAAGGAGGUUGCGAAGGCCACUGAUGUGAUCUUUGACCUGGAAGCAUCAUACAAGCCCGAAUCCAGCCUCCUACCACUGAACCUGAAGCCCACCCACGAGACCGCCCUCCUCACUGUCACCAUGGCAACAUCCGGAAACAUCCUCCUCAACAAGAGCUCUGGCAAGCAGCCCCUGGAGAAGCUGGACGGCCAGAUCUCUGGGACAUACAUAGUCCUGCUGUCAUGGCUCCUGUCCCUGGUCCCAAAGGACCUGGACUACCUGAAUGACCCAACGGUCCAGGCCAGGUGUGGAGCAAGCGGGAUGGACGGUACCCCUUUUAGAGUUGUUGGAUUACAACAGAUAUGGAGAGACGGUAAGCUCCAGCUGUCAGUAGCCAUCACACCACCCUGCAUGGACACCACCAAGCAGACACCCGUCAAGGCCAAGAAAGGCAAGCUCCGAGAAGAGGUCCGAGACAUGACGCCCUUCCAGCAGACUGUUUCCAAGUUCCUCACCAGCAAGAACCUCCACACCCUGGCACCCUGGAUGCCCCUUGCCUUCAAGUUUGCUCUGGAGUUCUCUGGGGAACCCCUGGAGCUGAAACCCAUUCCCAUGGAGGCACCACGAGAGGGUGCUACAGAAACCGGGACGUACAUCCCGCCCUAUCCUCAAGUCAGCAGCAAGCCUCUCGCAACUUACAUGUCAAUGAGCACGUCUCCUAGUGCAGUGGAGAGUGCCUUCGCGUCCAUCCCGGGAUUCUUCUGGCGUACGCUGGACGCUGAGGAAUCGGCAUAUGAUCAGAUGACUAAUGAGGAAUACAGCAAUAAUGGCGAUACGCAGAACACCCUGACUGUUUUUCAUGAUGCAAUAUACCACUUCCCUUCCAGACAAGCUGGAGUGUUGUAUCGCCUUCUCCAAGAAGGGCUGGACAUCUCUGGUCUUAGGCUCAUGUACAACUCCAAGGACCUUCUGUCAAGUCCUAGGGUCACUAGACCAAAGCAGGGUGGUGAUGAAUCAGGAUUGACCAUGCCAGUGGUCGUUCUUGGCAUCCGAGGCAACCUGGCUCGCACCCGAUGGCUAGAUGCAGUAGGUCCAUCGGAUCCUCAACUCGCCAAACGCACGGAUCCAUAUUCCCUGAUGGCCCUUUACGGAGGGACCUCCCGUGACGACCUCACCAUCAUCUGCCCUCGAAACCCAAGCCGUAUUAAUUAUGAACUCUCACUUUGGUUUGGAGCAAGAGGCACCAAUGACCGACUGGUUGAAGCUCCGGUAGUCAGUGAGUCUGUGCCUUCCCGUAUGGACAGGAGAGUUAGAUCUGAGAGUCCCAAGCAGAAGAAGAACCGCAAGGGAUCAAGAAAAGAUUCCUGGUCCAGCAGUAGCAAUGAAGACCUGGACACAUCGGGGUUGUCACCCACUACCCUAGUAGCCACCACCACCGGAGACAUGGUGCUAGCGGUCUCGCCCCUGGUGCCUCCUAUGUGCCUGGGAAUGAUCCUAUCCACCUGCCAGGAGAGGGGCUACCAGUUCAGAGGGGUCAAGAGAGUGCGCCUCAACUCCAGGAGAGCUAAUGCACUAGGCUUACAGGGUAAACAAGUCUCCAUCUUCAGUCCUAUGUCAUGCUCCACGCCAACCUCUCCCAAGAACUGCGAGGAAGCCCUGAGGAAGCGUUUGGAAGCUGGUCUACCGGCCUCCACCAACCCUCCGCUCCCAUCAACCCUGGUCCACCUGAGAGCUGAGAACCCCAUGAGGAACGCUGGUGGACUCGUACAUGCACUCAUGCUGCAACUAUCAAGACAAGGUCUACUAUCAUCCAUCCAAGCCAAUGCUGAAACCAACCUCAAAUCCAGCUUGUGCUUCCAUGUCGCACCUUUCUGUGACAACCUCCUUUCCAACCUGGGAGGUGAUUUCAGCCUCAUCCCAGAGCACCACGUCUACCACGGAGUGUCCGUGCCUUCCACGUUCUACUCCAAUCCCGAGCUGGAGCAGAUUGUAGUCGUGACAUUCUCAGGUGCCAAGACGCUGAAGCUGUUGGGGAACACGCUCGGGAAGCUGCUAGGUGUCUACCCAGUGACAUCUACAAACAACCUCCUGACUCCACGCGCAAAUCCCGGCGAGGGUCUAGAACUCCUCGGCAUCAAGUUCCUACCCUCCCUGACUGCCUUCCAAGCCAAGGAGCUCACCCCGUUCGAGAUCGGUGACCGUAGCUGGCAACCGAGCGUCCACACCCUGGUGUCCAACCCUGCCGUCGUCUGCAUCCUGCGUGGGAUCAAUGCCUUCCACCAUGUUCGCUCCGUCCUCAAGAUCCCGACGCACCCCAACGAUUUCCGGCGUGGCGCCAAGCUGGAGCUCUGCAUGGAACGGCUCAUGUCGGCGUCGGCCGAGAUCGCGUUCCGCCAGGCGUCCAUGUUCUUCCGCGAUCAUGAGCUGUUCGCGGACCCUAGCAUGAGGGCUAAUCUGCCGUACCAGCCUCCGUUGCGGAGCCCGAGCCUGGAGGAAUUGUCCAACGCGAGGUUCGCCUGGGCCGAGGACCAUGGCUCGAGUGCUAAGAAGUCCAAGUAUAAGGCUAAUUCUGGAGAGACUAAAGGAACUGUACUGGUGGAGGAAUCCAUUUUCAAGACAAUGCUUGCUGGUCCAAGGCCCAUCACAACAACCCUCGUCAUCAAACCAGGAGCUCUCAAACACUUCUCCAAGAUCCUCAAGCGAGUCUCCCAAGAGGACUUCAUCGUUGUAGCCCUUCGCCUUCUCACCCUCAACGACCACCAGGCUAGGGCACUAGUCCCUGAGCGAGAGUCGGAGAACUUGGUCAUCUGCGGCAUGCACCUGGGCCAUCUAACGUCUGGUCCAGUCCUAGUCUUGGUCCUGCAGAGGGAGAAUGCGGUUAGGAAGCUGCUGGGUCUCUUGGGACCAAACAACCCUAAGGAAGCCAAGAAGAAGAACGAGUUCCUCUGGAGGGGCAUGUUUGGAGUAGAUCCAAUCAACAAUGCUCUACAUGGUUCCACGACGUAUGCCAAAGCUGUGGAGGAGCAGAUGUUGUUCUUUCCCGAGGGACUAUGCUGUAAGCAAACCUCAGACAUCAAGGCUGAGAAGAUUCUCUGUCCAGCCGUCGAUACCGUCCUAGGUUCCCGCCGGGCCUCCAAGAGGAGCUUCAUGCUAAGGAUAGGAACCUCGAGGGGUGCAGGAGACAACGAUUUGUCGGCCAGUGACAGUUCCACGUCUCUCAAUGGCGAUCUGAGUCCCAGGAAGAUAGGUGUGGGUACAAGCACAGGUGACCUUGCUCUCCAUUCCCACAGUGCAUUGUGCCAGACCAACUGCAUCCUGUUGACCCCACCCCUUCAGUUGCUCAGCGUGCAGGGACAUCGCAAGGGCUACGUGGACGUCAUCGACUGCCUCAGGCAUCGAGGCUUCGUCAUCGUCGGUGCCAGGAUGGUGUGGUUUACACAGUCCCAGGCCAAAGAGUUUGUUUCUAUCUACAGCGGGGCUUUUCCCAAUCUGGUCCAACUGCUCUGUCAUGGACCAAGCAUUGUGCUAGCCAUCCAGAGGGAUAAUGCAGUGAGCUGUUUGGGGUCUCUACUUGGAAACAUGCUAGACAAAGAUUCUGUCAUCAACAAGUAUGGAAAACAUAUCUUGAGGCCUAAGGAUACCAAAGAGGCAAUCAAGCAUCUAGAGUUCUUCUUCAAUGAGUUGAUGCCGGGAAGUCAAGGAGAGAUUGUAUCAGAUGAUGUCUCGUUGGGAUUCCUUUCAUCUUAACAUCAUCAAGACUACACCAAGAUUCAAUAAACGGACUGUGAAAAGAAAAAUAGAAGCCUUGAUUGCUGUUUUUUGCAAUGAGACAGAGCCGUUGCGUUAUUCAGUGUCAUGCGAUGACAUUAAGCUUAAAGUUGGAAGAGAUCAUUUAUGGAAAAUUUUUGCCUUGUUUUGGUUGAACCUUAAGUCACAAGGAAAUGUGAAGAUUGCAAUAUUACAUCGGACUGAAUCAAACCGAAUUCAAGCCCAUUUUUUCUUCUUUUCUUUCUUUUUAGUAAGAGCAAGAAAACAAUUGCAUUGAGUAAUUUCCUUUGAUGGUACUGUGAACAAUGCUGAUUAGUUCAAACAAUAUCUUAGCUGGAGUUUUUUUUUAAUGAUCUGUUAUGAUGCACCCAUGUUGUUUUCAUGAGAAAAUCACUUGGCUUGAAGUGAACUUUUUAUUCAUUAUCAAAGAAUUGAUCAUAAAAUCCUAACAGGGAUGGUGGAAAAUCUGUAAUCCUUUUUAAUGUUAUUCGAAUUGUAAGCCUGUAUGUGGGAGUGUUCACACUUUUUUUUCCUGAAAUAAUUGUAUUGUACACUUCUUUCUCAUAAAAUCUGUGAAUGCUCACUUUGUGUUCUAUUGCUGUGGAUCAUAUGUCAAAGUAGACUUGAAUCAGUGCUCCGCACUAACUUUGUUUUUUUGAAGGGGGUCUAGGACGAACUUUGGAGAGUCAGCAUGCACAUACCCUAUGUGAAAAUGUUGACAUUUUUUAGGUCUGAAUUUAUAUUUUUGGCCCCCAAGUUGUUCUGGGCGCCCGCUAGUGUCAAGCCUUGCUUUAGGGUCUGUAUUUUCCAACUUCUAUAUGUGUAUAGUGUGGAAGUAUGGCUGGAAGGAAGGAGUUUACUUUUAGAGAAGGAUUGAAGCAAUAGUAUUCCACGAAUCUGACAUAAAUUUGAAUGACUAACGUAUCUGAAUGAAUGAAAUGGUAAUGAAAUAUCUAGUGUGUAUAUAUGUUGAAUAGAUUGUGCUAAAUGUACAUAUUUAUAUGUAUAUAUGAAUUUAUAUAAAUUGAAUUUGAGUUGAUGUUUGUGAAUAAGAGAUAAUUACUACAUUCUAGAUAAUUGGAGAUAUCGAAUAGAACAUAGUCGUGUUUGCGCUCAUCAUGAAUAGUAGUAGGAAAAACAGAAAAAUAAUUCCAAGAUAAAAUAUGUGCUUUACAAGACUUUGCAGAACUCCGUCCAGAGUAUGUUAAGAAAAACUUGACUACUUAUUCUUUGGUACUCAAAUGGUAUGUCUAACUUUAUUUUCAUGUUCAACCAAACUUUUCUCUCAAUUCAAUUUAUUUUGCCAAGUAAUA